AUGCCCGUGCGAAAUACCUUUUCCUGGAACUGCAUGCUCACAGCAUUUGCCGCAAACGGGCAUUUGUUUGAGACGGAAGCCCUCUUCGAUCUUCUUCCAGUGAAGGACCUCCCGGCAUGGAACGCGCUAUUCAGAGUUCACAUCGAGAACAGGGAUUUCGAUCGAGCAAGAGAACUCUUUGAUCGAAUGCCGGAGAAGAAUCUCAUCUCGUGGAAUGGAUUGCUCUCCGCGGGUGCCCAGGCACGGGAAGUGGACUCUGUGCGUGAAAUCUUUGCCGUAAUCCCCAAGCAAAACAUCCGGUCGUGGAUGGUGAUGCUGCUGGCGCUGGCAGAGAAUGGCCUCCUUGAAGAAACCAAGCGCGUGUUCGAUUCCAUGCCGACCAAGGACAUGAUUACGUGGACGACGGUCGUGCUUGGAUAUUCCCGACACGGGCAUAUUCCCGAGUCCCAGGAGAUGUUUUGGCUGCUGCCCCAGCAGGACAUAGUGCUGUGCACGGCGAUGCUCCAGGAAUAUGCCCAGGGCGGGCAUUUUGCACAGGCAAAAGAGAUGUUUAGCUUAAUCCCGGAGCCAAACAUCAUCACACGGACGGCCAUGAUCGCGGCAUUUGCCUCUCAGGGCCACGUCAGCGACGCACGUGCCAUGUUCGAUUCCAUCCCCCGCCACGACCUCAUCUCCUACAACGCGAUGAUCGCCGCGUAUGCCGCCAACGGACGGCUGCGCGAGGCCGGCGACGUGUUCGCGCGGAUGCCGCUCGUCGACGGGGUGACGUGGGCGCUCAUGAUCCCUCUGCACGCCCGCGCUGGCGACGUGGACUCGGCCCGGAGCCUAUUCGCGGAGAUGCCCGAGAGGAAUGUGAUGCCCUGGAACUCCAUGUGUACGGCGUUGGCCACCAACGGGCCGUACGACGAGGCGCCAGGGCUGCUGCGCGUCAUGGCCCUGUACGGCAUUCGCCCGGACAAGAUUACGUUUACCAGCGUCCUCGCGGCGUGUAGCCAUGGCGGGCUUCUCUUCGAGGGCCACGACCAGUUCUUGGGGAUGAUCCGGGACUAUGGAAUCGAGCCCGACAUGGAGCACUACCAGUGCGUGGUUGAUCUCCUGGGACGCGCUGGGCUCUUGGAGGAGGCCUCGCAGCUCACGCGAGAGAUGCCCUUUGCGGCGGAUGUUAGCGCGUGGACUGCGCUGCUGGGCGCUUGUAGAGUCCACGAAGACCCAAUCACCGGAGCUCGCGCCGCGAAUCAAGCGUCCAGGAUCGAUCCCAGGCAAGCCUCGAACUACAUUCUCCUCUCCACGACGGCCCUGGCAAAACACUAUUAA